UAAAGACUAACUAUAAUUUGGCUGAAGAAUGUGUGGAUGCGAUUGCAGAUUUUAUUAGAGAUGUUCUACCUGAAGAUAAUCUUGCACCUGGCUCAUAUUAUGAGGUACAAAAAUUGGUCGCUGGUCUUGGCUUACCAUAUCAGGUGAUAGAUGUAUGCAUCGAUAACUGCAUGAUUUACUGGAGAGCAGAUGAGAACAGGGAGAAUUGUAAAUUCUGUCGGAAACCUCGUUAUCAGGAUACAAGUGGAAGAGUUCCGGUGCCAUACAAACGAAUGUGGUAGUUGCCGUUGACUGAAAGAUUAAAGAGGUUAUAUCAGUCUGAACGAACAACAGAACCAAUGAGAUGGCAUGCAAAGCACUUAACAAAUUGUGAGAUAACACAUCCUUCCGAUGCAGAGGCGUGGAAGCAUUUUCAAUCAACAUAUCCAGAAUUUGCAUCUGAGGUAAGAAAUGUGUAUCUUGCAUUAUGCACAGAUGGUUUCAGCCCAUUUGGAAAGCAUGGAAGACAAUAUUCAUUGUGGCCGGUAAUCUUGACACCUUACAACUUACCACCACAUUUGUGUAUGCGACGGGAGUUUUUGUUCCUCUCAAUUCUCGUUCCCGGGCCAGAUCAUCCUAAGAGAUCACUGGAUGUGUUUCUUCAGCCAUUGAUAUAUGAGCUGCAAUUAUUAUGGGAGCACGGUGUUCAUACAUACGAUGUUUCGCGGAAAGAGAAUUUUCAGAUGCGAGCAGUACUUAUGUGGACAAUAAGUGAUUUUCCAGCAUAUGGUAUGUUAUCUGGAUGGACCACGCAUGGGAGGCUAUCAUGUCCUUAUUGCCAAGACAACACAGAUGCUUUCCAACUAAAAAAUGGUAGGAAAUCGUGUUGGUUUGACUGUCACAGGAGAUUUCUACCACACGAUCAUCCAUAUCGUAAGAGUAAGACAUUGUUUACAAAGAACAAGAGGGUGUUUGACAGUCCACCUGAAGAAGUAAGUGGCAAAAAGUUGAAGGAACAAUUAAGAGAUUUUGGUGCAGAUAGAACGGCAGACGUGGGUGGAAACGGACAUGAACCGAUUUAUGGUGUAGGGGAAAAUCAUAAUUGGCAUAAGAAGAGUAUCUUCUGGGAUUUGCCCUAUUGGGAGACUCAUUUGUUGCGGCACUGUUUAGAUGUCAUGCAUAUUGAGAAGAACUUUUUCGACAAUUUGAUGAACACCAUCCUUGAUGUCCAAGGCAAGACGAAGGAUAACUUGAAGUCAAGACUGGAUUUGGUUGAUAUUUGUGCUCGUCCCGAACUUCAUGUUGAUGAGCACGGUAAAGGUCCUAUUCCCAUAUAUCGACUGGAUGCAACUGCAAAAGAAGAGUUUUUUGAUUGGAUAACACACAGUGUUAAAUUUCCAGACGGUUAUGCAUCAAGUUUGCGUAAUUGUGUUGACAAAAGUGAAGGGAAGUUUACUGGCUUGAAGAGCCAUGAUUGUCAUGUAAUGAUGCAGCGCCUCCUUCCUUUUGCGUUUUCCGCACUAUUGCCACGAAAUGUCCACGAAGCAACCGCAGGGAUAAGUGCUUUCUUCCGUGAUUUAUGCUCGAGAUCACUCACAUCAGAUGGUAUCCGCAAUUUGGAAGUUAAAAUACCGGUGAUCCUAUGCAACCUCGAGAAGAUAUUUCCUCCAUCAUUUUUUGAUGUUAUGGAGCAUCUUGCUAUUCAUCUUGCGAGAGAAGCGGCACUCGGUGGUCCCGUGCAGUACAGGUGGAUGUAUUUGUACGAACGGUUUAUGUUUCAUCUGAAGAAGAAGGUCAAGAAUUUAAGCAAGGUGGAGGGAUCAAUAGUGGCUCAGUGCAUCAAUGAGGAAACCUCAAACUUUGCUGAAUACUACUUUCCAUCAGAAGUUCGAACAAAAAGUCGAAGACCUGCACGGCAUGAUGAUAGAGGUGAAAGGGCAACUUAUUAUGUUUAUGUGCCAAACAUGUUUACACAAAUUGGACGACAUAGUGGAAAGUCAACGGACCGGAUACUUACAGUGGCUGAGCAUGCUCAUUUGCACACAUAUUUGCUUACAAACUGCGAAGACAUUCUUGAAUAUGAGAGUAUUUACUUGGCAGAGAUGCGCUUAAAGUACCCGGAUGCGACAGAAGAACAACUCGAACAACUCAAGCAAAACAACUUUGCAACAUGGCUUUCUGAUUAUGUAAGCCAUUGUUUAGCUAUUGGGCACCCACCUAAAGAUUGGUUACUUCCGACGGAAUAA